AUGUCGAUCACAACCACCAUCGCAAGCAUGAUCGCCACCCUAACCACCACCGCAACCGCCACGACCGCCAUCCUCAUCACCGUCGUGACACUCGCGAUAUGGGCCAGCUACAGCUUCAGCUGCAAGGCUGACUGCAGCGACGACGGACCCCGCGAGCCGCCCGUCGCACAAUCGCGCGUGCCGAUUGUAGGUCACAUGAUCAACCUCCUCCUCCACCACAACGCCUACUUCUCUAUCCUCCGAGCCACGCAGCCCCGCCCCAUCACCACGCUCAAGAUCUUCUCGCAGCGCAUCUACGUCAUCUCCUCGCCGGCGCUGGCGCAGGCGGCCUUCCGCGCGAGCCGGACCGUCGAUUUCGAGGUCGUCAAGCAGCAGGCCUCGUGUCGCGCUGUGAACUUCGAUCGUCGCACCACGGAGAUCGUGCAGGCGGCGCCGGGGUCCGGAUCCGGGUCCGGGUCCGGGUCCGGGGAGGGGGAGGAUCCGGAGAGGGGUAGGGGACAGAGUAGCAGCAGCAGCAGCAGUAACAGCUGUUAUAUGCAGGAGUUGCAUAACGAGAUGUAUGGAGCACUCAUGGGCCCCUCCCUGCUCGAAACCAAUGCCCGUCUUCUCAACUGUCUGGCCCAGACCUUGAACGGCCUGGGCACGGCCUGGGAAGACAGGAAGCUGUUCAGCUGGCUGCGGACCUUCUACGUGACGGCCAGCGCGGAAGCUUUGUACGGGAAGGAGAACCCGAUCGCGUGGGACGAGAAACUGGAGCCUUUGAUCUGGGAUUUCGAAAAGGAUCUCGGCCUCCUCGUCCUCGAUUUCUUCCCCACCGUGACCGCCCGCCGCGGCCACGCAGCGCGCGUCGCCAUGGCGGAUCCCUUUGAGAAGUACUACCGCGCCGGCCUCUCACAGAACGCCAGCGGCCUCGUCCAGGGCCGCGAGCGCUGCGCCCGCAAAUGGGGCAUCGGCACCCGCGCCAUCGCCCAGGCGGAGAUCACCAUCCUGUUCGCCGCCGUCACGAACACGGUCCCGAACGUGUACUUCAUGCUCUGCUACCUCUUCUCCAACGUGGAGCUCCUCGCCGCCCUGCGGGCCGAGGUAGGCGGCAUCGUGCGGACCGAAGAUGGAGGCGGAGGCGGAGGCGAAGGCGGAGGGCGCCGCCGCGUGGUGCUGAGCAUCGGCCGGCUCCGGGAGAAGUGCCCGCUGCUGGCGGGCUGCUUCCAGGAAACGCUGCGGCUCGUGAAGACGGGCGCGAGUAUCCGGACCGUGCUGGCCGACACGGUGCUCGCCGCGGACAGCAGCAGCCCCGGGUACCUGCUGAAGAAGGGCGGCAUCGUGCAGAUCCCGACGGGGGUCCUGCAAUCCGAUCCCGCCACCUGGGGUCCCGACGCGCAGGACUUCAACCCGUACCGCUGGAUCGAGGCCGCCGGGGCGAAGAAGGAGGCGCGGAAGGCGCAGGCGCAGGCCUACCUGCCGUUUGGCGGCGGCAAGAACCUGUGUCCGGGGCGGCAGCUGGCGUUCCACGAGAUGGCGGCCUUUGCGGCCAUGGUGGUGUGGGGCUUUGAGAUUCGUGGGGCGGACGGGGACCUGGUGCGCGAGCAGCGGGGCGGCAUCUGUAGUAUGGGAAAUGGGAGCGCUAGCCCCAUGGGAGACCUCGAUGUGAAGAUCCGACGGAGGAAGGAGUUUGAGGGGUGCGUGUUUGGCUUUGAUGUGGGCGGGGUGAAGGACGGCUCUUAG